GUUAAGAUAACGAAAUGGAAUUACUUCUCACGCACAGAAUUUUACUAAUAAUAUUGGGAACUUGUCUACUGCUUCCACGAUGUGAACUAAAAUACCUUAAAAAUCCCAACUUCUUCACAAAAACCAUACGUAUGCCAAAUGUAAAACCACAACAUGCAGACGAUCUUAUUUGUCAUGGUGUUAAACUAGACGAGAGAGAGGCAUAUAUUUUGAAAUAUGAACCCCAUGCCUCAAAAGAAAUAGCACACCAUAUGAUGGUUUAUGGCUGUGGUGAACCCGGCUCUACCGAGGAUUCCUGGGCGUGUGGGGAGAUGGACGACAGAUCAGAUGAUUCUGUGUGUAAGGAUGGACAACGGGAAAUCGUGUACGCAUGGGCAAUGGACGCAGACUCUAGAGAACUUCCGGAAGGUGUUGGUUUUCGAGUUAGCGGCAGUACAUCAAUCAAAUACCUGGUCAUUCAGCUUCAUUAUAAAGGUACCCUGGAAAUUUCAGAAGGUGAUGACUCGGGAGUAACACUGCAUAUGACUUACACACGACAGCCUCAACAAGCUGGAUUCUACGUGUUGGGUAAUUACGGAUACAUACCACCAAUGAUACAAAAUUUUCAUCUGGAGUCUGUCUGCCAAUAUAACAACUACACAAUAAAUCCAAUCGGGUUCCGAACGCACUCGCACAACUUAGGCGUAGUCACCUCAGCAUAUAGGAUACGUCACGGAGAGUGGACCGAAAUUGGACGGAUGUCCCCCCAGCUACCCCAGGCUUUUUAUGACGUGUAUUCCCCUGGCAUGGAUAUACGCCGAGGAGACAUGUUGGCAGCACGUUGUACGAUGAGUAGCGACAGGACAUUUCCAACAAAGAUCGGAUCCACAAACAAAGACGAGAUGUGUAAUUUUUAUAUACUGUACUCCACGGACAACCCCGCCAACCUGGAGGUUCAGUACUGCUUUAGGGACGCUCAGACCUUCCACUGGAGGGACUAUCUAACCUCUGUACCAGUUAAUGCCAGUAGUAUUGUCGGUUUACCAACAUUCUCUCGUGAAGAUCCAUAUGCUUGAAGUAAAUAAAAUUUAAGCAUUGAA